AUGAGCUUCAAGUUGUUGAGACUGGUGCUAAAAGUGGGUCAUUUCUUCGCCAUAACGCCCGGUUUCCGAAAAAAUCGGACAACCUGUCCUGAGAAAAUAUACGCCUAUGGUGUGGUGGCGUUUAUCACGCUUGGAGUCGCCGUUUCGGUGUUUUACAGGGCCAAAGACUACGCCAAGUUUAUACACAUCAAAGCCGUGGUGCAAAUCACACUGGACGCCACCUUGUACGUCCAGAACAUUUACACGGUUCUGACGGCGCUCACGAAAAAACCACUCUGGUUCAAGCUUUUGAAGAAUCUCAAAAUGGUGCAAAACCAUAACAAUAUUCGGGAAAAAUCGCACUAUUGUCUGUUCGUGGCCAGUAACUGCUUCUUCUGGAGCUACCAAAGCUACAUGAGCUACAUUUUUGCCAACAUUAUGGGCCUAGAGUUUUACAAACAAUUCGCGAUUGAGUACUUCCAAAUGUACGUGCUGUUUUUCGUCAACUUUGCGUUUUUUGUCGUGGUGAAAAUGUUACUGGUGAGGUACCGGAACUUGACGAAACAGCUGCGCUUCAAGUUGCGUUUUUUCGAAAAGUUGGGCAACCGGAGGCUGGGUUUUGUCCAACGUUUGGACCAGAUCCAGUUCGAUAUUUGCUUGUUGAAGGAGGGGGUGGACCUUGUAAAUGAUAUUUUCGGGUGGCAGAUUCUCUUCCUCAUCACCUACGCCACCCUGCAGAUUUUGGUCUACCUGCACUUGGCCGUGAUGCUGGGCUUUCAGGACAUCUACAUGAUUGUGUACAUUAUUGUGGUGAUUUUCUGGUACACGGUCAACGCUUCGACUAAUAUUUUCCUUUGUGACGAGAUUUGCAACGAAGGACAGACGAUUCUGGGGAUUAGCUACAGCUUGGAGAAGUUGAAAACGGGGGACGAAAUCCAGGACUUGAUCUCAACAAUCAAGGACAAUUUUCCGCGUUUUUACGCGGCGAGGUUUUUUGUGAUCAACCGGGGGACGAUUUUGGGGAUUCUUGACGCCAUUGUCACGUUCUUGAUUGUCAUGAUUCAGUUUGAAAUGACACAGAACUCCACAAACAUCAACUUUGUCUCUACUUUUUUCAAAAUACCGUUCUAUUCAACCUUGCGGCCGAUUAAUCUACUGGUCCAGAUUAUCCUAGACGUGAUUUUGCUAAUACUGAACGUGCACACCAUCCUGACGACUAUUACGAAGCGAAACCAGUGGUGCAAAUUGCUGGAGAACCUGAAACUAGACCGGGAAAAUAACUCAAGUUUUGUUGUUGCCAACGUUUUGUUUCAACUAAUCCACGUCUAUUACACAGUCGUUUUCACACUUUUGUUGGGCGUGGAUUUCGUCAAAGAGUACGCUUUUGAAUACAUCCAGUUGUAUUCACAAUUCAUCCUUUAUUUUCUCCUAUUUGCAACUUUAAAAAUCUUGUUGGGGAAGUACACACAACUGAAAGCGUGUCUAAUGGAGGAGAAACGCCCCAUGGUGUCUCUACAAGUGAUCAAGGCCCAGAUUUACAGCUUAAGGGAGACAGUCGAUGUUUUUAACGAUAUUUUCGGGUGGCCCUUCCUCCUCCUUAUCACCUUCACAAGUUUGCAAAUCAUGGUUUACCUCCAACACAUUUUCGUAAAGUCGAGACCAUCGCCCGCGACCAUCAUUUCCAACGUUACUGUAAUUUCCUGGCAAGCUGUGUGCACUUUUUACAAUAUUUUACUGUGUGAUUCUGUGGCUCACACAGCUGGGGAGUUACUGGGCGCGGUUUAUUCCCUAGAUUUGGAGUUAAAACACAUAGAAAACUUCAACGAUUUUGUGACUGCACUCAAGGAUAAUGUUCCAGUUUUCGCAGCGGCUCGCUUUUAUGCCAUCAACAGGUCAACGAUUUUUCGCAUGUUCAACGCCAUUGUCACGUUUUUGAUCGUCAUGGUGCAGUUUGAAACGAACUAUUCGCAACCAUAA